AGAGUCCAAGUGGCUUCUCUGCCUGCAGCCUCAGUUUCCAGCUCGGGUCCCCCCGAUGGCACAUUGCAUAUCCCCGUGAAACCUGCCAAGCUGGACGCCACAGCUCUGCACGUCGACACUUUGGCCACCACCGUGCCCCUCUCGGAGACCUGCCACCAUGCAGUUGUAGCCUGCAGCCCGGGCAUUCACGAAGAGCACUAUGUAAGUGAAGCCGCGGAAGAUGUGCCAGAAUUCAGAGAAUACCGAGAUGCCUGCACCAUUACCGAUGUGUGCAACAGUACCGACCUUCCGGAAGUUGAAAUCAUCAGCCUGCUGGAGGAACAGCUCCCUCAUUACAAGCUAAGGGCCGAUACGAUCUACGGUUAUGACCACGACGACUGGCUGCACACUCCCCUCAUCUCUCCCGAUGCCACCAUCGACUUAACCACCGAACAGAUAGAAGAGACGCUGAAAUACUUCCUUUUAUGCGCCGAAAGAGUGGGCCAGAUGACUAAAACAUACAAUGACAUAGAUGCUGUUACACGUCUUCUAGAGGAGAAAGAGCGGGAUUUAGAAUUAGCUGCUCGGAUCGGCCAGUCGUUGUUGAAGAAGAACAAAACCCUAACGGAGAGGAACGAACUGCUUGAGGAACAAGUCGAGCAUAUCAGGGAAGAGGUGAGUCAGCUGCGCCAUGAGUUGUCCAUGAAGGAUGAGCUGCUCCAGUUCUACACCAGUGCUGCUGAGGAGAGUGAGCCAGAGUCCGUCUGCUCCACCCCGCUGAAGAGGAACGAGUCUUCCUCCUCUGUCCAGAACUACUUUCACUUGGAUACUCUUCAGAAGAAACUAAAGGACCUUGAAGAAGAGAAUGUUGUACUUAGAUCAGAGGCCUCUCAGCUGAAGACCGAAACAAUCACCUUUGAAGAGAAAGAGCAGCAGCUCGUCAACGACUGCGUGAAGGAACUGAGGGAUGCCAAUGUCCAAAUUGCCAGUAUAACGGAGGAACUAGCUAAAAAAACUGAAGACGCAGCUCGACAGCAAGAAGAAAUCACCCACCUUCUUUCUCAAAUAGUUGAUCUGCAAAAGAAGGCAAAAGCUUGUGCAGUGGAAAAUGAAGAACUUGUCCAGCAUUUGGGAGCCGCCAAAGAUGCCCAAAGACAGCUCACGGCUGAGUUACGGGAGCUGGAGGACAAGUAUGCAGAGUGCAUGGAAAUGCUUCAUGAGGCGCAGGAAGAGCUGAAAAACCUUCGCAACAAAACAAUGCCGAAUACCAUCUCCCGGCGCUACCACUCCCUGGGCCUCUUCCCCAUGGACUCCCUGGCAGCGGAAAUAGAAGGGUCAAUGCGGAAAGAACUGCAGAUGGAAGAGCCUGAAUCUCCUGACAUUACCUAUCAGAAACGUGUUUUUGAGACGGUGCGGAAUGUCAACCAAGUGGUCAAGCAGCGGUCCCUGACGCCAUCGCCCAUGAACAUCCCUGGUUCCAAUCAGUCCUCGGCCAUGAACUCCAUCAUUUCCAGUUGCGUCAGCACUCCCCGCUCCAGCCUCUACGGGGGAGACAUCACCAACAUCGUGAUCGACAACAAGACCAACAGCAUCAUCCUGGAAACCGAAUCGUCAGACACAGGCAGUGAAGACAAAAACAAGAAACCGGGCACCCCAGGGACGCCGGGCUCUAACGACUUGGAGACGGCGCUGCGCCGGUUGUCUCUCCGCCGAGAGAACUACCUCUCGGAGCGGAGGUUUUUCGAGGAGGAGCAGGAGAGGAAGCUGCGGGAACUGGCGGAGAAAGGCGAGCUUCACAGCGGCUCCCUGACCCCCACGGAGAGCAUCAUGUCCCUCGGCACCCACUCCCGGUUCUCCGAGUUCACCGGCUUUUCCGGCAUGUCCAUCAGCAGCCGCUCCUACCUGCCGGAGAAGCUGCAGAUCGUGAAGCCCUUGGAAGGUUCCGUGACCCUUCACCACUGGCAGCAGCUGGCCCAGCCUCACCUCGGGGGCAUCCUAGACCCCCGGCCCGGUGUCGUGACCAAGGGGUUUCGGACGCUGGAUGUCGAUCAGGACGAAGUGUACUGCCUUAACGAUUUUGAAGAAGAUGAGUCAGGUGACAUUUCUUACAAGGGCCUAACUACCUCGACACCCGUUCAGCACUCAGAGACCUCAGGUGAGAGGUCACAAGCACAAGGGACGGUUUCAGCCCGCGAGAGCCUCCCGACCCGCUCUCAGGCAUUCACAGAGGAGAUGCAGGAGCCGACGGCAGCCAGUGCUGGUGGUGAUGAUGAGGAGGAGGAGGAGGGGUCCGCCCAUCAUCCCGGGAAGUGCAUGUCACAGACCAACUCCACUUUCACCUUCACCACCUGCCGCAUCCUGCACCCUUCCGACGAGCUCACCCGAGUCACCCCAAGCCUUAACUCCGUCCCUUCUCCGGCCUGCGGCAGCGCCGGCAGCUCGAAGCCCACGCCGGUGGGCACGCCGUGCACGCCUCGCCGCCUCAGCCUGGCCGAGUCCUUCACCAACCUCCGGGAGUCCACCACCACCACGAGCACGUCCCUGGGGCUGGUCCGCCUGCUGAAGGAGAGGGGGAUCUCGGCGGCCGUGUACGACCCCCAGAGCCGGGACCGGGCCGGCCGGGGCGCCCUGCUGACCCCCUUCCUGCCCGGGAUGGCCGCCAUCCCCUCCACCCCGCCCAACUCGCCUAUGCAGACGCCCGCGUCGCCCCCGCCCUCGUUCGAGUUCAAGUGCACCAGUCCCCCGUACGACACCUUCCUGGCGUCGAAGCCGGCCAGCUCCAUCCUGAGGGAGGUGAGGGAGAGCAGGAGCACCCGGAGCAGCGAGAGCCAGACCGACGUGUCCGUCUCCAACCUCAACCUCGUGGACAAAGUCAAGCGGUUCGGCCUCGCCAGGGUGGUGAGCGCGGGGCCGGCCCGGGCCCCGGCCGCGGCGGGGGACGGGAUGGCCCCCGUGGUGGGCAGCCUGGGCCCGGAGGGCCCCCCCUUGGGCCGCCCCGCCGUCCCGCCCGCCCUCGGCGGCCUGCAGCUCAACGCCGGCAUCCGCAGGAACCGUAGCUUCCCCACCAUGGUGGGGUCCAGCAUGCAGAUGAAGGCCCCCGUGACCCUCACCUCCGGCAUCCUGAUGGGAGCCAAGCUCCCCAAGCAGACAAGCCUACGAUGAAGGGGGGGCGGGACUCGUCCCUCUAAGAUCCCCCUCUCCCACCCUGCUUUUCCCCCCACCCCCCAGCUCUCCCUCCCCUGCUCCUUCCGUACGCUCCCGAAUCUGACAGAUCAACCUUGUGCCUAAUUGGGAGAAGCGUACCCUUUGCAGAAUGUGUAAAUACGGACCAGAGACCUUGAGGUUGGUUGAGCUGUUCCUUUGCCGUAACGGCCCUGUGAAGAAUUUAACUAGCCAACCUUCUCAAAGGUUGUCCCCUCCCUCCCUUGCCCCCGGCCUUUUCAUCUUAAGGUGCGCUGAAAAUAGAAAACACUCCGUUAUCCCGUGGAUAGAAAAAAGGGAAUUCCAAGUCUGGUGGAAAUGGGAUCCCGGGCGUUGCCCUGGACAACGGAAGGCUGCUAGGUGAUGUGGAUCGUGAAACGUCUGGGCCUUCGUUGGGACAAGCAGACGCUGGCUCCUUAAAGACUGGGAGAGUCUUCAUCCUUUCUUCGAUACCAGGUGGAGCGGCCAACUUGGUCUUUGGUUUAUUUUGCUGUGGGGAGGGACCUAGCACACCCAGAACCUUUUGCCCCUCUGCCCAAGUGAAUGGUCACGGAGCCUGGGAUGGCAAGAUCGUGCCCUCCGUGUAUCAAACCCGAAACCCGGUGCGAUGUCAUCGGCAGUCAGCCCGGUUGGCCGGAGGGGCAGAGAAUGAUUCUCUGUUCCCGCUUCGUUCCCACGGGUCACCAACCAGCACAGGGAUGUUGUGUUUGGUUUGCGGUGGGGGGAACAUCUUUCUUUUUUUAUAUAAAUAUCUAUCUAUCUAUAUAUGCCACUGACCAGCGGUGGCAGUUCGAUACUGUAUUUUCUUGUCAUAGCACUGAAACACAAGCUUCACGGCCACCACCCUCAACCGAUCUCCUUUGUCUCCAUAAAGUAAAAGGACAGCAGCCUUCCGGAAGCCAAAGCCUCUAAGCGGACGGGUGAAGACUUGCGCCAAAGAUCACAGGCGAGAACAGGCGGCCGGCCGAAAUUUUAAAACGAACGCGGUGCCGGGUCGCGGAGGAGAGAACCGCGGCCGACUGUUGGGAUAGGAUGAUGUAGGGACGAAGGGAAGCAACGGCUCGAACUCUGAGCUUCCCGUUCAGUUCCCCUCUGGGUGCAUUAUCCAGCAAGCCCAGUGGCUAAUAGCCUUCCUUGGGUUUACCGUCACGUAUGGGUUUUGAUUUGGCCCAGAGUGCGAGAAUUGCCACUCGUUUUGCAUCUGGGCGUUCGCAGAUCGAAUGAUGAGCGCGUGGUCCAAUCUGGCCCCUUUAUUGGGAGACGAUGGUUUCGGUCAGACCUGUCCGCCGUGGGGUGUUUUCAUUGUUUUUGUUCUUCAUCGUCAUCCGUGCUUGGUUCUUACAGCAAGCUCAAGAAGGACUUGAAAGAAUCGGCGUCGUCCAGGAAGGUCCUAACUGGUAUAGACGAUUUUUGUGCUUUGGUUUCUAGCCACGUUUUAGAAGUCCCCACCCUGCCCUUCCUUCACAAACGUUUAGCUCUUGGCUUCAAAAAGCCAGCAGCCGGUUUAUUUAUUACAAUCACCCCUCACCCUGGAUUCAGGUGCCCUUCGUACCCGACUGUUACUAAGCGAUUAGCACUGAUCGUUUCUUUUAGAAGUAAAAACGUCACCUCCACUUACGUGACCCAAGAGAGGAUGGUAGGAGUGAAGUACGUGUGUGUGUGUGUGCUAUGGACACUAAAGGUGUUUUUUGAGAGGACACGUUAAGCACGACCCGUGUUUUCAGACUUUUAUUUAUUCCGCGGACUUAAAAGUGUUUUAGUAAAGUACGUCUCAGCUUGACUCGCUGUUGUAUGUGUGCACUCCUUGCGAAUAACCUAAGUAUCUUUUUGUUUGAAUGUAUCUUAAGGCAGUAGACUGAGUGACUACAGUGGAAUCUGAAAAUUGUGGACCGAAUGGACCAUUUUCUGUAUCCUAAGAGAGUUACCACAAAUAAGGGAAUUAAACAUGUGAAUGUUACCAUGC